AUUGCUUGUUCCUGUUCGAUUCAGUCGAGGCAUGAUGUUAUGAUGUCUAUAGCAGAAACUUUUGUAUUUAUCAUCGCUAUAGCUGUAGUUCUGGGAUGGUUGUUUGUACUUUUAAUGCAUACAGUUGCCCUGAUCUAUGGAUGUUAUCUUAUGCACCGCCCUGUGCCUCCGCCCGACCCAGAGAACCUCCAUGGGGUGUCCAUCCUUAAGCCUCUCACAGGAGUUGAUCCUAACCUCUACAAAAAUUUAGAAACAUUCUUCAAUCAAAAGUAUCCUGCAUAUGAACUUCUUUUUUCGGUCCAAGAUGAAAAUGAUCCUGCUAUUAUGGUGGUUCAAAGUCUAAUUCAAAAAUAUCCAAAAGUUGAUGCCAAAUUAUUCAUAGGUCUUCGAUACGUUGGUCCUAAUGGGAAAAUUAACAACAUGGUUAGAGGGUACGAGGCUGCUAAGUACGACUGGAUCGUCAUCUCAGACAGUGGUAUCUACAUGCGUCCGGACACCUUGCUGGACAUGGUGAGCUAUAUGAAGGCAGACGUGGGACUUGUGUUACAGAUGCCGUACACAGCUCAUAGAAAAUAUGGAUUUGCCUCCGUAUAUGAGCAAGUAUAUUUCGGUACAUUUCAAGCGAGAAACAGUCUGGGCGCCAAUGCUAUUGGGAUAAACUGUUCCACAGGCAUGAGCUGUUUAUUUCGUAAAGAACUCCUAGAAAAUGUCGGAGGUCUUCAGGCCUUUGCAAAGUACCUGGCAGAGGAUUUCUUCAUUUGUAAAGAAAUUGUUAAACAAAAAUACAAAACUGUGUUAUGCAGUCAGCCAGCGAUGCAGAACUCGGGGAACUGCACAGUAGAACAUUUUCACAAACGCCUAAUUAGGUGGUCACAGCUACGGGGAGCCAUGCUACCCCAUCUCAUAAUACUGGAGCCCAUAUCGGAGUGUAUGUUAAUGGGUGUGCUCAUAUCUUGGGCGUUGGACUUUCUGUUCAAUGUCAGUCCCAUGACCGUCUUCCUCCUGCACACUCUGAUGUGGUUUCUCAGCGACUACUGUCUACUCAGGAUAGUAGAGAAUGGACCACUGCCAUUUUCCAAAUUUGAAUUUUUCGUGGCGUGGAUUACAAGAGAAUCACUUGCGUUCUGGUUAUCCCUUAGGAGUCAUAAAAACAACGUUAUUCAGUGGAGACAUAAACGUUACAAAGUGCACUGGGGUGGGGCUGUUUCUGAGAUUUGAGUUCGUAAUGUCAUAUAUCAUCAUCAUCAUCAUCACCAUCAUCAUCAUCAUCACUUCAUUGAACCAUUGAGGCCAGUCUUCGCCAUUUCUGGAGUGCUUCAUCAUGACCAACACUUGUAACAGGAGGAGACUUUUGGGAUUUUAAUCAGAUUCUGUGUCAUUGUUUGGAUGUUUAAAUCGACAGUUUUAACACUUUUAUAAAGUUCUUUUUUAUCAACUAUCGAAACAUCGUCGGUACAUGUAGACAGGCUUGACUUCUGAAGAAGUUGCCUGUUUAUAUAAGCUUGACUUUGGAAUAAAAUCAACGAUUUAACAGCAUUGACAAAAGGCCAAAGUCAAGUUAUUGUCAACAUCGUACACCCGAACUUACUUUUCAAUUAACACUAAUGUAUCCUGUGUAUCAGAUUUUUAACGAAAAUACAUUGAAAAAAAUUGAGAACACUUGCAAACUUAAAUUAAGUGCAUGAAGAAAUUAAUGAUGUUUGUUUUUUUAAAUGUCACUCAGGAUCUGGUUCUAUCUCUGAAUGUUGGUUAAAAUUGUUUUCACUCCAAAACUUUCCUUUGGAAUAGUACUGUUAUUUGAUAUUGCACAUUUCGUGCCAUAUUUGUAAUGUUGAAUUUGCAUGUGUUUAGUUUUCUUUCUUUUUUUCCCCAAAGCAUUAUUGUUUUCUUGAAUAUACUUUUAAGAUCUAUAUUUUUUUCAAUGAUUUAUUAUUGAAGGUUAAGAUGAUGAAUUAUGUAUACAAUAUUACUCAAGAAAUUAGUGACUCUGUAUAAAUAAACACUUUGGCAUUAUAUUUAAAAUGAUUGGAAAAUAGUUUUUGAGAUAUAGAAAAAUCUCACUUUUUGUAAGCAGAAGAUUUCAAUAAUACUCAGAAUUACAAAUCUGGAAUAAAACUGCCAAAAGAUAAUUAAAUGAAUAAUAAAUCUAGAAAAUGAAUGUUUGCAAAUCAUGUACAUAUGUAGGUAAUGCAUCAAAUGUUAAUGUAUUACUGUGGACCGAAGGACCAAGGGAGGCAACUUCAAUGCAGGAUCCCAGAAACAGUGCUAUAGCUGUAGAGGCUAAAUCAUAGAGAAUUGUUUGUUUGAAUUAUGUUUGCUACCAAUCUCCCUGUCUGAUUCUGUUGGUGAGGACCCAGCAGAGAUAUGACGACAGUGUAAUGAUCAAUGAUCAAUGCAAUACUUCAGGACAGUUUCAGCAAAUGACUGAUUUUCCAUGCAUAUCGCUUGGAUUCAAAGUUAAUGUGUUUUAAUAUAACCGCGAGUAUAUUUUUUGAUGAAAUUUGAUAUUUUUUCUUCUGCUAAGGUACCAACAAAUUACAAAAAUGAAAUACAGGAUUUAGCAGUUAUUACCUGGUAAUACUCGUUUCAAAGUGAACUAUUCAUGAACUAUUAGAUUUUUUUCCCCAAGGUUUUUGAGUUAAUUUAGACAAAAUUAUUUGCAAACUAUGGUAAUUUGGUAUAAAUAAACAUUAAUCAAGUAAAACUUUGUCAGAGUACACCUGCUGAAGUUGUAAUGUUUUUACUGAUUAUGUUGAUAUUGUGGCUAUGUCACCAUUUGCUGGCUCUGUCCUUAUACUUGUCCUCUGAUGUAUAAUUAGACAUUUAUGUACCAUGUGUACAUGUAUGUCCUAUCCCCUGUCUCGUCUAACCCAUAAUAUUGUACCCAGUUUUCUCCCCACUUCCAUAUAAUUUAAAACUUGUUUGUUGUUGGUAAGAUAACUGUCUGAACGGGAUUGCUUGGAUGGUACAGGUUUUUGGUAUGCUUUUUGACUAUUUGAUCAAUUUCUAUGCAACAUACUUUGAUUUUGUUACAGGUUUUUGGUUUACUUUUGAACUAUUUGAUCAAUUGCUAUGCAACAUACUUUAAUUUUGUCUUUUAAGUUUAUCUAAAAAUGGUUAUAGAAUCACUGAAAAAAAAUGCAGAAAUAUUUUUAAGAUA